CAGAUAGGCAUGGAAGAAAAGGAGUCCAGGGUGUCGGAGACCGGGGUCCAGACGGAAAGCCUCUCAUUGAUAAUACGCGAUGAGGGAGAGGAGGCCACUCCGCCUUACAGCGCUUCGGCACAGCUCACAGCAGGAGAAGAUGACAUGACCAAUGGUCACGUGAAAGAAGAGAGUCAAUCUGGUCUUAUCACUCAUGUGGAUUCACCUGGGACAAGCUACUGGAGCGUUUCAGAGAGCCCUGAAUCGCCCUUCCUGCUGUCCCCUGUUCCAGGGCCGUCUAGACAAAAAACGUCUCCAGCUAAAUCAGGGCGGGCAUCACGGACUGGCCACAGCCGUAUCCCUGGUCGAGAUCACCGCCGUUACUACCACGAACACUGGAGAACUGAGUACCUGAUGGACUUUGACCCCAAGAGAAAUGGGAUGAUCUGCAUGGUAUGUGGCAGUUCUUUAGCAACUCUAAAACUGAGCACCAUUAAGAGACAUAUCAGACAGAAGCAUCCCGAUUCCUUGCUGUGGAGCGCGUCCGACAAGGAGGUGAUCCGUUCAGGCUGGGAGAGCCAUCUUAAUCUAGAUACUAGUCAGACAUCCUGUGCAGAUUCAGCCAUCACCUCAGAGCCGGAGGAGACGCUAGAAUGCACCAGUCUUUCUACAGACAAGCCUGGCAGUGCUGUGGUAGUUAAAACUGAGUCUGAGCCUAGCAUGGUGAGCUCCUCAUCGGCUCAGGAGACUCAGAGUGUGCCUGCUGAAAUGCUAGAGCGCUACGUGAACGACUCGCUGCACGCCUGGUUCCGCCAGGAGUUUCUAAUGGAGUACCAGUCAGAGGCGGGCAGGCUGGUGUGCAUGGUGUGUAGCCGUCCCUUGCCCUCUCUUCAUCUCGACCACAUCAAGAGGCAUGUGCUGGAGCAGCAUCCCAACUCUCUGGUGUACAGUGCAGAGGAGAAACAUCGAGUCCUGCAGGGCUGGGCUCAAAGCCAGGAUUCUGCAAGAGUCUAUGUCAAGUCUGAGCCAGACACCAAAGAUCUGAGCGUGAACAGCCCAGUACCGUUCGCUUCCACAGAGCCUGACUCUCUUCAGCACAACACAGAGCCAUACGGAAAGUCUGCGAUGAAAUCAGACACGCCUCUUCAGCUCACCACCAACAGCAGAUUAAAAAACAGCUGUCCAUGGCAUCUACGGCUAGAUUAUUUGGUUGCUAUUGGGCCUCCGAGUAUGCCAGGCUGCUUCUGCAUGGUGUGUUGUGAGGAGCUGCCAGUGGUGAGAGUCAGCAGCUUUCGCAGGCACAUACAGGACUGCCACCCUGAGACCAGCAAUCUUAGCCGAAGGGAGAGAGAAGAUAUAGCCAGCGCCUGGACCCAGGACGGGGCUUUGGUGGAGCCGGAAACACACUCAGAGCAGGCUGCCCCCAGGGACACACUUGUUGAAAGCAAGACGCCGUCCAUAAAACCAUCCUCCAGGCAAAGUGGCAUCCAGAAGGAAGAUGGGGAAAGGAAGAUCAUGUCAGCACCCAUUAUCGGGCGACACAGCCACUACCCAGGCAAGGACCAGCGGCGUAACUACCAGGUGCGCUGGCGCAUGGAGUACCUGAUGGACUACGACUGCAGGAGGCACGGGCUGAUCUGUAUGGUGUGCGGCGCCACGCUAGCGACUCUGAAGGUGAGCACGAUCAAGAGGCACAUCCAGCAAGUCCACCCUCACUCGCUGAGCUACAGUCCCGAGGAGAAGCAGCAGGCAGCACAGAGCUACAGCCAAGCAACGCUAAAUUUCAUUCACUCAGACAGCUGCUUCUCUGGCUCGGAUCACAGUCACGGAGCACAGACUAACACUAACGCAGAGCUCAACCAGGUUUGAUGAACAGCAGGGGGGGUGUGGCAUGCUUUCUUGCACUCAGGAAGAAGAUUGCUGGAACAAGCCAAAAAUAUGAUCUCCACAGCUUUUUAGUUGUGGAAUGUAAGCUUGAGAUAAUUGUUUUUGUGCACUUUUUUUGUUUGUUUGAUUCGAUUUCAUUUCAUAUCAUGCUUUCUGUUAUUAAGCAUUGAUCUGCUUGGAGGUGGAGAAAUGUGAAGUUGUUUCCUGAAGAGAAAUGAUGUCACUGGCCUGAAUAAGAAUGAAGGACCUGUUUUUUUUCUCUCCCCCCUCCUCCCUGUAAGCACCUAUUUAUGCAUCCGUAUUUGUACAGUGCAGUCUUCUGUGAGCUUUAUUGAUUGCUGCAGAUUGCAGGGUUUAAAGUACCAGAGGGAUCGUUUUGCAUGGGGUCAGCAAUGCAGUGGGUCGCACAUUCAGCACUUAACAAAGCACUUGGUAUAGGGGGGGGGGCAAGGGAACUGUUAUGAAGCAUGACUUCUAGAGCAGCACCUUGUGAAGCACACACUGUGUGUAAAGUGAUCGGUUCCAUUCAUUUCAAAGAUUUGUUUGUUCUAUAGCAACACAUCAAUAAUGAAUAUCACACAUGAAAGUUACUUAAUGGCAAAAAACUACCUAUUGAUUAGGUAUGUGAUUUUUUUUUUUCCUCAUUGAAUCACGUCUUACUGAAAUAAAUAUAGCUUAAGGCCCUGUGCUGCAUCAUAAAUGAAUGAGGGACACAAGUCCAUGUCUCAGGGAGUGUGUGUAAUCUGGGCUUGCCAUCUAUCCUGUAGAAUCAACUGUUUUUGUUUAUUUGACUGACUUGACCACUGACUAUAGUCUAAAAUGAUGCAAUUAAAUUCUCUUGCAACUGAGCGAAAAGAAUGCAACCAAUUUUCGUCAUGUUCUUAUGUAACGAAGUGGAAGUGAAGGAAUCUUCCUUCUUUUUUUUCCUUCCUACAUGAAGUUGUACAAAGAUAAAAGUAACUUGAUGUCUUUUUCCUAAUCUCAAGACUUACCGUUACAACUCCGUGUUGCUUGGACCCCAAAUGGCGAUGUUCAAAUGAACACAUUUAAUCUAACAAAAGGAUCUCUGAUUAAUUUUAAUCCUGGCGGACUGUGAGCGGAAAACCAUGGUACUUUGACGUUGCUUCAUUAUGCACUAUGCUAGCUGCAGAGAAAACAUAUAUCCAUAUAUGACUUUUUUCUCAUUUUCAAGUCAGCUCAUUUACAUCUGUUGUUAAAAAAAAUCUCUUAAAAAAGAUGCACGAAAAAGACAAAACUUCCUUUUUAAGAUUUUUAUUAAUUUCAUGUUGACAAUUACAUGGACCCCCCCCCAUUUUUUUCCAAAGCUCCCAGAUUAACUUAAUUCAUUGCUAACAAACUCAACAUGGAUAUUAAUCACAUCUAGACUCGAAAGCAAACAACCAAAGAAAACAUGACUUCUGCAACUCCCUCCCCAUGAGAGAAACUCCAAAACAAACGACAGCAAACAUGCUGGCAGAUUAUAGGAUUAAGUUAAAAAAUAUGCAGGUUUAUAACUGAAACACUAUGGAGAAAUAGGACACGCUAUAUAGAAUGAAAAAGAGAGAGGUUUGCACCUAUUAAAAAAAAUGAGCAUUCCUUUAUGUGCUGGGAAAGGAAGGAAAAAUAAAUUUUUCAACUUAAAAAAAAAAAACAAAACAAAAAAAGAUCGUAUUCUUCGAACAUCACCACACCCAAGAGUUACAUAACACGUCAGUUAAGCAACAUGAGGACAAGGGUACGAACGAUGCACACUUUCACCUGUGUCUAGAUGUCCUGUUUGCAUGGACACAUGAACGGGAGAAAAGAAAACAACUUAAAA